AUGGCUGAAAUACAACAACCAGCGUCGCACGCCGUCGUUUUGGGAACUCGUUCACACACACCUCUCGAGCCUAGACAACCUUCAACCAACAACAACAAGCAACAAGGCAGCAAACACACGUCCUCCAAGACGCAAGGCGUGGUCUCCUGCUGGGCCAACCGAAGGCUCCGGGCAGCCGAAUUGGUUGGUUUGGUGUUGCUCAUUCAUCCACCACCGCUCCGCAAUUGCAACCCACCUCUAGCCGUCCUUCCUUGCUUGGAACGAACGAACCGAACCAACACGGAUACAGGCACCACCAGCACCACCCAGCCACCACCAUCAGCGGCUGAGCGACCAGAACAAGCAAGCUGA